UUUACAAUCGUAUAUGAAUAAUUGAAGAAUAAGAAUUGUACACUGUGUUUAGUAUUCACCCCGCUUGCUUUUGUCGGUUUGAAAAUUGACCCAGCAAAGUUUACCCACAGUCCAGCUGACGAGGUAUCAUCAUGGCGGUCGAGUGAUCGUGUUCUUCGUCUCUUGUGCGGAAUUCUGGCGAAACUUUAGCUAUUUACUGAAGAGUUUGGAUCGAACGAGGGUGUCGCUUGUCGCCUGUUCAUAAUAACAACACAGGGCGCCAUUUCAGAUCACACCGUGAGCAGCGGCGGGAGAAGCAUGGCUCACCGAGGCUCGUACGGAGGAGGGGGACAGGGCCAGUACCCGGCGGGGCAGCCGGGGUACAGUGGGGGGUACCAGCAGGCCACCCAGGACCGCAUGAGCCGGGCUCAGAGCCUGUCUCAACAGGAGAGACUCAUCGAGCUCAAGAAGAAGGAGAUUGAAAAGAGGAUGGCAGAACAGAAGAAGAAGGAAGAAGAAGAAAGGCUGAAGAAAUUGGCCAAACUAAAAGGAAAAGCACUGUCCAGUCAGACUGCCCCACCCCCUGUGCAGGUUUCCCCUGGCCCCUCCAGUGUGGUCAACAAGUUUGUCAAUGAUGGCAGCUUCAUGGAACAGUUCAUGAGGAUGCAGAAAAAGAAAACAGUCAAAAGAGAAGAAGACAAGAGUCAGGGAGUAGAACCUGAAAACGGUACACCUGCAGCAGAUGUUUCAGCACCCCAGACAGCAGCUGCUGCAGCUGCGAAGCUUGCCUUCUCGGGGAAAAAGGCGCCGCCGUCGUCAAUAACAAAUUUUGUGUCUCACAUGAAAAGAACUGAUAAAUCUGCCACGUCCAUAUCACGCCCUGAUGUGUUUGAAACCCCGGAACGUGAACCAGAACAGCCCAGGAAGACAAUAUCAGUCUCUCCACCAGAGGAUCUGCAGACCCGGGAGGUGGUGGAGAAGCUGGCAGCCUUCGUGGCCGAGGGGGGGAAGCAGGUGGAGGAGGUGGCCAUCAAGAAGAACAAGGACAACCCUGCCUUUUGGUUCCUGUACGAGCCCAACAGCCGUGCCUACAAGUACUACCGACAGAAGGUUCAGGAGCUGGAGGGGAAGAGCAGGAGGGACCUGGAUGGUGACGAUGCAGACACAGAGGGAGAAGGUGGAGACACAGCACGAGGGAUCAAGAGGAAGAGGAAAAGUCGCUGGGGACCCCAGGAAUCCGUUGGUUCAGUCCCCCCUCCCUCUGUGGUGAACAUCCCCGCCCCUGGAGUGGUACAGCCCGCCAUGCCGGGGGUGAGUGCACCUGGCCUGGUCGGGAUGCCACAGAUGUCAGCCGCGCAGCAGCAGAGUGGAAGUGGUUUAGGGGGAACUGGCACCAGUGCAGGUCCUGCCAAACAGUGGCCUGGCAGGCGGACAGAAGGCUCCCAGAUGUCUACAGCACAGUUUGUGCAGCAUCUGGAGGACUACAUCCAGUGGUCGCAGUCGCAGAACGUGUCUGCAGGUGCAACUGCAGCUGCCAGCAUCAGCGGUGUGAACCCCGUGGGACUGAGGGGCACCUCCGAGUUAUCCUCCGAACAGCUCAAACAACUCAAGGAACAGAAGGAGAUGCAGAUGAUGUACAACAUGAUUACUUCCAAGAGGAAGAAGGCGGCAGAGAAUGCAGCCAAGGGGAAGUUCAAGUACGAGUAUGACUCUGAUGAGGAGACAGAGGGAGGAACCUGGGAACACAGGAGGAGAGCCCAGGAAAUGGACAACACUGCUGAGUGGGCAGACAAGCUGACCAGUAUGAACAAGGGGAAGCACUUCAUCGGUGACUUCCUGCCUCCAGAGGAGCUGGAGAAGUUUAUGGAGAAGUUUAAGGCUCUUAAGGAGGGCAGAGACCCUGACCUGUCUGACUACGCUGAGUUCAAACUUGGGGAGGACAACCUUGGGUACAAGAUGCUGCAGGCCAUGGGGUGGACAGAAGGGAAGGGUCUGGGAGCUAAUGAAGAGGGUAUCACUGCACCUGUCAACAAGGGUCAACAGGCGAUAGAGAAUGCUGGGUUGGGAGUGGACAAACCCUCGGAACUUUCUAAAGAAGAUGACGAGUACGAAGCCUUCCGCAAACGCAUGAUGUUAGCCUACAGGUUCAGACCAAACCCUCUGAACAACCCCCGGCGGCCGUACUACUGAACCUGAUGAAGAAUUUUGCUUCCAGAAAGUAGUUAUCAUGCGUCAGCGGAGAGAUGCAUGGAACAUACUGUGGGAUUCAUAUACAGGAUUAUAUUCAUUUUAUAAAGUUGACACUAAAUGAUAGUCUGGUAUAAGAGGCAUAUCAUAAGGCUAUGUUUGUCAAAAUAUCCCAGAAUGAAAUGUUGGAUUUUCUUAUCUCAUUCUACAUGUACUGACAACUUGAUUGAAUGAAAUACUAGUAAUGUGAAAAUUUGAGAUUGGCUAUAGCUACAGGAACAAUGUAGCACAUUGGGGGAGGGUUAAUUCUUAAUGUAAUAAUCAUACAUGUACUAUAAAUUUUGUAUUGUCAGGGAUGGAAAAGCUGCAUGUGUUAUUAGGUUUCUGACUGGGCAUGUGAUUUUUAUGCACCACAUCAGAUCCAUGUACUGUACCAAUUCUGGAGGAAUGUAUCUUGAACAUUUGUUUGAAAAUUUCUAACUUUGCUUUUCAUUGUACAAAGGGUAUGUUAGACAUCAGUCAGCAACUAAUACAUUGUAUAGCCAGCUUGAUAAUAUAUGGUAAAUGAGUUAAAACCAUAGUUUUGAAUUGUACAACUUGUGUUCCCAUUUUGUAAUCUUUGUUACUUAAAACAGAUUUAAAUUGUGAAAAAAAUUAGUGAUACUUUCUUCUCACACAUAAUAACUACAUUUUUAAACCUUGCUUUACACAAGACUACAAUUGCUCAGCAUUUUUUGUGACAUAUCAAAUUAGCAAAAAUUCUGUAUCACUUUUCUAUAUACAGUAGAUCAGGAUUCUAUCGACAUUAUACUGUAAAUUCAAACAAGUGAUAGAACACAUAAAGGAUAAGUCACUGGGUGUAAAUGAACAAUCAAGUUCCAUUUGACAAUGUAUGUAUGGUGUAAAGUGCUCUUUGUAGACAUGUCCACAAGAUCUAGGCUAUAUGUGUAUGGGUAAUAGGUCAUUAAGAUUGACAUACGAUGAUAGUCAUGUAGCACCAGGUGAGUAAACUGAAUCUGACUUACUGUCUUCAUAGUAAUGACAGCCUGGUAUAUGGGGGACAAAUUCCAGGCUCCAGAUUCACAGUUUAAAAACUGUAUUGAUUGAAAUGGGGUUACAGAUUCUGUAAUACAUCUGCUGUUGGUACCCCUUCAUUCUAGAAGGACUUUUCUAAAUCCAGAAUCAUACUAGAAAUGGCAUAUGGUUAGGUUAUUGUUGUUUUGUCCUACUGGUUUUGUUGUUGUUGGUUUUCAGCAAAUGUGAUCAAAAAGAAAACUAUGUUAGCUUGAAUUACAUCAUUUCCCAAAGCUACUUCAAGGAGCAGCAUAAGUACAUGUAGUAGAUUUGUGAACUUUUUUUUUCCAGGACAACAUCAAAGCUAGUCAUAUUGUACUGUCAGAAAAUCAUGUCAUCUUCAUCAUUUUGGUUGCAAUUUUCUCGGUCUACCUCCAUGGUUGCAUAGAUGGCAUCACAUUUGUGCAGAAAAUGUGAUUUCUGUUUCCGUCUGAUGGCAAUGCUAAAAUAUAUAUGACACAUAUGAUGGUAAACAGGGGACAGUAGAGACAGUGGCAUUUUAAAUGGAGAGAUAUCAUACAUGGGGCAACUUUAUGUUUUUGACACUGGAUCUUGUCAAGUGUUGUUACAUGGGAUCUGGAGGCAGGUCUAAAAAUAGUUGUUGCAUAAUAUAAGAGGCAUUAACAGUUAUACUGGGUCCAACUUUUCUUCAGUGCCUACUCUUAACAUACUUUUAGCCAUAUGACGUACUGUACGUUUCUGGAUCUUUAUUCAAUAAUUGUGUUUGAUGUGGGUUUGAUGUCCUAUUUUCAAACCAUGUAUUUUGUUAGUCUUGAUCUGCCUCUUUUCAGUUCAUAAACUGAUAGUAAUGAAAAGCUUCUGUAGCCACCACAAUUCUUGUAUGAUCGCAACUAUUUUGAGUGUUUCCUUGUUAAGAUUGAAAGUUAGCUUUUUGUUGUCAUUUACAUUUUUCUAUCUUGCUGGACAAAUAAUUGGUACCCAUGCAUGUUUAAAUUGUGGCAAACCAUUUUGUCUUUGAAAUAAAAUUUUGGGACUUCAAAUAAAGAUGUUGUGUAUGAU